UUGUCGAACGCGUUCGAAGUAUUGGAAACCUAAAAAAAAAAACCAUAUCAAGUUGUGCAAUUCCUAGAUUCGAUAAAAGUCCUCAAAAAACAAAAGCGGAUAUUUCGAUUUCUAUUUUUGUGAUUUGAAAAGUGUUUGGUGUUAAUGAAAUACAGAAAUAAUCGUGGAACAAUUCUACAAAUACAAUUCAGAACAUUUUUACUUGAGCUGUGA